UAGAGCUGAUACAUCUUUAAAGUUGUAGCUUGAAGGUACAAGUCUUGAAUCAAACAUGAAGCAAUCUAUUGCGGUUAUUUUGCUGUUCGCCUUCGUGGCUCAGAUCUAUGCCACUAAUGAACUGGAUGCUUAUCUGACGGAAGAUAUGGAAGAUGAUUCGGACAGACAUCCAUAUGUGCAAUGCAAGAUUGAUUUGUACGACUGCAUGAGGAAGGGAGCUCAGUCCAAAACAGAAUGCCUCAAGGCCUACUACAACUGCAUGAAGCAACUUGUCCCUACCGUACCCCCCUUCGUGGUCCAGUGUAAAGACGAGCUCAAGAAUUGCGUGGCUACAGCAACUGGKUUUGUGAACAAAGGCAAAUGCUUUGUUGAAUUCGCCAAGUGUUUGAAAAAUGGAGGACCAUCCUCGCCAUCUACGUUCCUGAUGGACGACGUUGUGCCAGACAGACAYCCAUACGUGCAAUGCAAGAUUGAUCUGUACGACUGCAUUAGACUGAAGAAGAAAAGCAGAAUGGAAUGUCUUAAGGACUACAAGAGCUGCAUGUCGGUACUCAUCCCCACCGUCCCUCCCUUCGUGAUCGCUUGCAAAGAUGAACUCAAGAGCUGUGUAUCAGGAGCCAGCAGCAUUCUUGAUAAGGCUGUUUGCUUCAGGGAUUUUGGAAAAUGUUUGAUCAACAAGGGACCCAGUCCCACAGCAUUCGAUGCAGGCGAGUUCGUUCUGAACGCCAUGGAAGAUGGUUCAGCCCCCACCCGCCAUCCAUAUUUCCAAUGCAAGAUCGAUCUUUAUAAAUGCAUKAAGGAAGGACAGAAAGGAAAACUUCAAUGUUUGAARGACUACAAGAGCUGCAUGGCCCAACUCAUCCCCACAGUACCCCCCUUCUUGGUCAAGUGCCGAGAUGAUCUGAAGACGUGUUUAAGCAGCUCAGAUGGAUGGAAAGCCAARGCACAGUGUUUCGUUGAUUUUGGAAAAUGCAUCAAGAAUAAAGGAAGCGCAUAAAUAUACGUGAACGUCUCUUGAAACAGGAAUAUCAGACCAAAAACAUGUGUUASAAGUAGAAUUAUAGAACAAUAAAACAUUGAAAAAGUUUAAAA